CUGAGUACUGAACUGAGAAAACUGAUAGGUGUCAUCAAGCCUGUGCAGAGUCUCACUUGAAGCCGGGCAACACUCAGAGACUGAUGGUCCGUCCAUCUGUUGGUGUGCGCCUUUGAAGCUUGUCGUCUUCCGGAUUCAUUUUCUGCAUUUUGCUUUUCUUGGACUUGAACAGAGAUGGGACCUCGUACAGGAGUCACAGCAUCCAAGGAUGAGAAAGCUGUCACAGGUGGAUGUGGCGGAGGUCAUGGUGGAGGUCGUGGCGGAGGUCGUGGUGGAGGUCGUGGCGGAGGUCAUGGCGGAGGUCGGGGAGAAGCCCGGGUGAGAAGCUGCAGUGAUGGAAACAUAUACACCCGAGGACGAGUCGGUCUCCCCAGCACCUCCUCCUCCCUGGUGCUCUCCAACCCCAAAUCUGUCCUCAAGAGACCAGUGAGCACAGAGGAGCUACAAGAACCAGGAGGACCCUACAUCAAGAAAACCUUCACGAUUGUCGGUGAUGCAGUGGGCUGGGGCUUUGUGGUCAGAGGAAACAGGCCGUGCCACAUCCAGGCCGUGGAGCCUCAGGGUCCAGCUGCUCUCGCAGGGAUGAAGGUUCGCCAGUUUGUGGUUUCAGUCAACGGCCUCAACGUUCUUGAUCUGGACUACCGGACAGUCAGCUAUCUGAUCCUUACUGGGCCCAGAACUGUGGUGAUGGAAGUAAUGGAAGAGGCUGAAAACUGAAAUUAGAGUUAUGUGACCUACGUGUGCCCUGUUCCAGUUUUUCCUACAAAGACUGCAAAGAUGCAACCGUUUGUUAGGAUUUACACGGGAAGUCUUCUGUUUUUAAACUGUUGCUGAGCUGAUGAUGGGUGCGGUUGUUUUCAGAAGGGACACUUUUAUAUAUUUGAAAGAUGAUUUUGCAAAAUCUGAGUAGCUUCAUCAGGAAUGAGUCAGGCUGCGAUCCAGAGAGUAGAGUUUAUCAGCGAUGUGCGAUCGGAUAAAGUGGUGAAAGGUUUCUAUUGAAAUGAAUGUUCAGCCAUGACGGAUUUGUUCAUACAUGCACCGUGGACAGGAUAUUUUCCACAGUUAUUUCUCCCGUGUAGCACACAUGCUGCAGGGAAUAGUCCAGUCCUGAUACUUUAAACUACUGGAAAUAAAAAUGAGGCAAAGCUGCUGAAUGCAGUGUGUAGGAGGCGGCACACAUGGUGCCAGCAGUGCGUGGAAUACUAGCUGUGCUGCUCAGACAUCACAACAAGUUACUAGCAACAAUGUGCUGGCUUUGUACUGUAGCAGCUCUUAUAUUAUAUCAGCUAAAUGCAUUCUGGCUCAAUGAGUCCAACAAGAAUAACAGUGGAAAGGAGAAAACGUUGGCUGAACGCGUUUAUUUUCAGGCGUUUUGAGACACGCCUGCACGCCGUCGACUUUCACAGUGACUCCCAAAGUGACAUGAUGUUGACAACAGUUGUUGUCUUUUCUUACUGUGACGGGUUGGACUUUUAACCCCACGCGCCACCUCACUUCCUCGUCCACACACAAAUACAUUACUUACGUCCAUCACAAGUGUUUACACACACCUGAACCCCCACGCCUGGAAACUCUUCCUGCUCUUUAGCCCUUCGUUGUGUUUGCCUUUCCAUCUGCUCGUGUCUGAUUCCCAGUAAAGAAGCUUCGAGUGUAGAGAAGUGUGAAGUAGAUCAAUUUAAACUUACUGACGGAGCGGCUGUAACUGCACUGCUUAGUUUUGAAGCCUCUCUAAAGUGUCUCUUAUUCUUUUAUCUUUUUAUACCUGUUUUUAUAACGUGCCUGUGUGAGAGAGAGUUUGUGGGAUAUGUAAAGCCUCUCGGCGGGCAGCACUUUGCUCUCUGCGGGAGGAUCCUGGAGACUCGGUGACUCUUUUGGCUCCUCUUGCGUCGUUAACGCUGUUUUCAGUUUGAAGGAUCGUUGUUUAAAAUACCAGCUGCUGGAGAUUUUAUUGAGAAACUGAAUUUUUAAAAUGUGUUUCACUUUUUCAUUUUCCGACAAAAGAAAUAAUCAGUAUUUAAUGUGUAACUGUAUAUGUUACCUCUUUGCUUAAUUAUUUUGUAAUUUGCUUCAAACUACUGUUCCUUUCUUUUAUUUGUGCAUGUUUAAUUGCUUGCAUUUCAGUUUCGUUGUGACUGUAAGUAAGCUUUAAUUUUUUAAUGCUGAAUACAAAUAAAACCCUUCAGUGACAAAGACA